GUUCGCGUUUCGUGUUUUGCGAAUUUUCCAAUUUCCAUUUAGAAUUACAAAACAAUGGUUUAUUCUUUUGAACAUGUAGGCUGUUCUUCAUUGUCCAAUAAUAAAUUUGUAGUAGCUCUCGAAAAUACUUUGCAUCAAAGUAUAAAUAAUUUCAAAGAACUCAUUACAGAAUUUGAUCAACACCAAUUAGAAUCUGAUGACUAUAAAACCCAAGUAUCAACACUAAAAGAAAAAUGUGAAAGUAAAGUCUGUGUUGGCUCUGAGGCCUUGAAAAAAAUUAUAGAACUUAAGGACAAUAUUAUUCAAUCUGCUGCAUCAGCACUAACAAGACUAAACGAAACAAAAGACAUGAGAAUCAUAGAUGAAACAUUAAAAAUACUCUGCGGAGAAACAGUGUCACUCACUCCUCCCAAAGACAGUGCAGAUUUUCAACUUAAGACCCCCAAGAAAGAAUCACCUUCCUUCACAGAAGCCUGUAAUGAUGAAUCCGUGUCUGAGAUAGAAGGGACUCCUACGGGUAGAACUAGCCCUAUUAUUGUGUCUAGGAAGGCAAGAAAUGCUUCGGAUUAUAGGGAGAAAAAGAAAUGUCCAGAUAAUUGGCCAACACCAAAGAACAAGACCUUGAAGCUGACAUACCCCAACUUCUGCACUCCGCCUGGCAAAGGCAAGGGCAAGCUACGGCAGACCAGGUUCACGACUGUGAAACAAACUUCUGUGCUCGAUGUUUCCAGCUCACCAGAGUUUGCUGGCUUAAGAGGCAGUAAAGAUACUAAGAGCAUGCAGUUAAACAUUAAAAGAGAGUCACUUGAUGACGAGGACACGAUAGAACCUUCACCCACUAGCAUAACGUCCAAUUUUUCAUCCAUAUCAGCAGUUAGAAGUAGCCCUUUAAAAUUAAACAAAAAUAGUCCACACAAAAUAACAAAGGGUAGCCCGGCGAAACUGAGCUUAGUCAAAAAACCUCACUCCAAUAUAUCCAAGCUGCAGAUCAAGACAGAAGGCUUAAGUAAUCUAGAAAAUGUGGAAAAUAAAUUGGAGAAUUCGGACGUCAAAGUCAAAAUGGAAGAGUCAAUCAAUCUGUUAAGGCCUCCACGAUUUCGCACACCAGAGAGAUCACCAGCAAAGCUGAAGGACCCAAAUGAAACGGAAUGCACCAUCGAUUCCACAAUGUCGCUACUGCAGCAUGUCGAAAAGCUGGAAAAGUCGUCGCCAGAUCACAAGAACAUAUGCAGCCCCACCAAACGCCCUCUAGCGGAAAACAUCAACCUCACCAACCUUCAAACGCAAUACGACACGGAAGCAAGCGUGUCACUCCUCAACCACAACCAUUUCAUAGACAAUAAGAAAGAUCUAGAAAGUCCAAACAAAAACCCUACUUAUAACGGGUUAGAAAGAGAAACAAAGAUAAAUUCGGCUAUAGAAAGUAUUGUGAAGAAAGAUUUAGAGAAAUUAGAGCCGAAAAGAGAGAAUGGGAAAGUAGAUGUAUUUUUUAAGGAGCCCACCGUUAGGAAGAAAGCUGAAAAGAGAGCUUUGCCAGGGUGGUUUUGUGAUGAAUGUAAAAACUUCUACGCCGAGCUAUACAAGAACGACCCAGUAAUGCUGGCCAAGAAGAUGGACGAGUGCUCCAAGCACCGCGGGCGCCAGGACCCCUCGAGGCCUAAAACCCCGCCCAACUUCUGGAACCCGCGCUGGGACGUGCCGGAAGACACCGAGGAGUUUAAUAGGAGGAAUAAUGCUGUUUAAUCAACCUUGCUAUCACUGAUAGCAGUAGCGGAUUUGCAG